GUGGAGAGCCUGGUGCAAAGUGUUGUCAUGCCGGGUGGGGAGGUGAAAUGCGGCGUGACAAGCAGCCGAACCUCAAGCAUGAGACUUCGCGGACGGACUCCGGCGUGAGCUGAUCCCGGUCCAGCUGUUGACUGCGCGCAUCGUUGCCUUUAAGAUGCGGCGGACGGAGGCUUGUGCCGCCUAAAGCGACACCAUUUUACCAAGCGUCCGGCUCGGCCCGGUUACCGGAGGACCACCCGGUGCUGUUUGUUGUCGACCGAGAGGAAGCGGUGGGUGGUCGUCGGCGGAGCCCCCCCCCGCCCCCAAUGUCGGCCUUUAUCUGUCGGGAGAGGAGGAGAAGACAUCCGUGAGGAGGCGAAGAGGAAAUACUUUCCCUUUAAAGCAGAAAGGCACAAGACGGGAUCUUAAAAAAAGGGAAGAACGGCGAGGGAGGGAGGGACACGGUUUGAAAAAAGAGAAAGAUGUCAGCACGGCCAUUCAACCAGCGAGGCGGAGUCAUGGAUCGCGGCCGACCCGGAGCUUCCUAGUCGGUGGACGAGGUGUACGCGAGGCCGAGGAUUGGAGCCCGCGCCGAGGCCUUCCCGGAGCUAUCGCUAAUAAAUGUCCGCCGGUGAUCGUAGCUGCUUUCCAUCACAUUCCUCCUCUCUCGGGGUUAGUUUGGGCUUUGUGUCUGGGAUACCCAAUACCCAAUACCCAAUCACCUUGCAUUUUGCUCAAGUCGGAGUGGAGCUGGAGCAGAAAGAAUGAUUGAAAGAAUGGACACCCGGCAGAGACAUCCAUAGGAAGGCUCCACUCCUAACAUUUGCAACGUCUUCAGCAAACUAGAAGAAUCCAGUAGUCUGCAGUAGUAGUACUAGUCAUAGUAUUGGCUGUAGUAGUAUUUGUGGCUCCUUGGCUGAGUGAGGCUGCAGCAUGGACACGUCAUGGAGUAAUUUCCUCUUUCAGACGCCGGCCACUCCAGGCCAGCAGGAGGCGCCACUGCAGGCGGAGCUUCUGCCCGAGCUCAGCGGCGAGGCCGAGGCGAGUCCUUUGGCGGACCACAUGAGCACGCCGCCGUCCACCGUGGACACCGCCGCCCUGAACGAGGAGCCGCUUCCUGUCAAAGCGCCGGCCAAAGCCACGCGGCCCGCCCACGUCUGCGCCACCUGCAGCAAGGAGUUCAAGAACAGCUACAACCUGCGGCGCCACCAGUCCGUCCACACGGGCGUCAAGAUGAAGGACCGCGCCCGGGACAAGGAGGAGGGGGGCAGGGCGGUCCAGAAGCAGACGGUCCCUCUGUCCCUCCUGCAGCUCACCCUGCCACCGCAGCUGCCGCCCCCCCUGCCCGCGCCCGCCGCCCCCGACUCCCUGCCCCUGGCCGUGCCCCUGCCCCUGCCCCAGCCCGGCCAGUCCGUGUCCAUCGCCCCGGUGGGCGUGAGCGUAGCUGUGGCCCCUCAGCCCAUCCAGGCGGCUGUGGUGGUGGUGGGCUCUGUGGAGCAGAACCCCAACCCCGGCCCCAACCCCAAUGCCAACCAGGUGCGCAAGAACCACGCGUGCGAGGCCUGCGGGAAAGCCUUCCGAGACGUGUACCACCUGAACCGCCACCGCCUGUCCCACUCGGACGAGAAGCCGUACUCCUGUCCCGUCUGCCAGCAGCGCUUCAAGAGGAAAGACAGGAUGAGCUACCAUGUGCGCUCGCACCAGGGGGGCGUGGAGAAACCCUACGUCUGCCCUCACUGCGCCAAGGCCUUCUCCCGGCCGGACCACCUCAACAGUCACGUGCGGCAGGUUCACUCCACCGAGAGGCCAUUCAAGUGCACGACGUGCACGUCGGCGUUCGCCACACGGGAUCGUCUCCGAGCUCAUUUGAUUCGCCACGAGGAGAAGGUCCCGUGUCACAUCUGCGGGAAGCUCCUGUCGGCCGCCUACAUCAGCGACCACAUGAGAGUCCACAACCAAUCACAGCACCACUCCUGCCACCUGUGCAACCGCAGCUUCACCACGCUCACCUACCUGCGCGUGCACGCUCAGAAGCACCACGGUCAGGAGUGGAAGGAGAGCGGCGGCGCACGCGGCGGCUUCGGUGGGGCGGGUCCCGGCGGCGUGCUGCUGUGCCAGCUGUGUGGCGUGCAGUGCAAGACCACCACGCAGCUGCAGGGCCACAUGGGCACCCACGCCAACCAGGUGGACCCCGAGCCGGCGGGCGCAGACGGUGCCGUGGCCGUGUCAGCCGGGGCGGUGGGUCUGAUGGUGACUGACUGCUCCGGCAUCGCCCCCCAGGCGCACAGUUAGCACGUUACCACGUGCGAGACGUUCCAUCGGGAUGACGUCAUGACGACAUCGUCAACGUGUGACGAUGGCGUCAUGUCGACUGAAGACAUUUGUCUCUCUUGAGGAAGAGCGUGCCGGUCUUCAUCAUUGAUGUUAGCAUGUGUACAUAUGUGUUAGCAUGUGUAAAUAGACUUUUUCAACAUUGAA